CUCUGGAGCAUCACAUUGUUGUACCACUCUGGAGCAUCACCUAGUUGUACCACUUUGGAGCAUCACCUAGUUGUACCACUUUGGAGCAUCACCUAGUUGUACCAAUUUGGAGCAUCACCUAGUUGUACCACUCAGUAACGCGCGUUGACCGUUGCAGGGAGAAUGAGUAAUGAGGGACUGGAAACGGUGUUGACACAGCUGGGUAUGGGUCCCUGGAACUAUCUUUUCUUCAUCACCUCCCUCAUUGUGCCGGGAACCAUACCUGUGUUCCUGAUCGGGUCAGAGUUCAUCAACCCGGUGCCCCGCUACUUCUGUAAUCUUCCCAACGAAACUUAUCACACAUACAAUGGGUCGGAGUGUAUGAUGGCGGUGAAGAACGACCAGGAGGCGGUCCGUCAGCCUGAGGAGACUGUCCCCUGCACCAGCUGGAGCUACGACACCUCUGUCUUUCACUCCACUGUCGCUAUGGAGUGGGACCUGGUAUGCGAGAGGGCCUUCCUAGCACCACUCUUCCAGACCUUGUACACGGUCGGCUCCAUCUUCGGUAGCCUCUUCUCCGCCACCGCUGCCCACAAGUACGGCAUCCGGUGGGCAGUGAGAGCAGGGUCGCUGGGCACUUUGAUCGGCUUGGGGGUGCUCCUGACGACGCCCUGGUUCUACCUCCUUCUGGUGUCUCGCUUCUUUCUGGGGGUCUUCAAUGUCUUCAUGGUUGCCCCCUCCUUCAUAUUGGCUAUGGAGGUGUGUGUGCCACGCCUGCGACCUACCGUGGGGGUGAUGCUGGCGCUACCGUACGCCAUCAUGAUGAUCGUCCUCACCCUCCUCGCCUACGCCAUCAGGGACUGGCGCACCCUACACCUCGCCGCCUCCUUCCCCAGCUUUCUCCUCAUUCCGUUCAUACUCGUGGUGGACGAGUCGCCCCGGUGGUUGGUGGUGCACGGGUACCUGGAGGAGGCGGUGGUGGUGCUGCAGCGUGGGGCGCGCCUCAACCGUGUGCAGCUGCCAGACCCGGCCACACUCUCUGCUAUCAUCUCUGUCACCCCCAAGACCAGUCAAACCAGCGGGGCGUUAAAGGACGAGAAACAAAUUCAGAUUUCGACGAUAGAUGGCGGCGAGGGCGUGAUGAUGAGCAGCAGCGCGGGCCCCGGGGUGCAUGGUGGCCUGAAGUAUGGCUCUGAGGGCGGCUACGGCGUCACCUGCGACAAUAAGCUAGGAGCCGAGGACGGUGUGGGGUCGUGGUGGGCGGGGCCCGUGGCUCUUGUGAGGAGCAGUGCCUUGAGGAAGAUGAUGGCCGUGCUGAUCGCCUUGUGGUUCCUGCAGGGCGUCGUCUACUUGGGGCUUCCCCUCAACUCCAGCGCUUUCAGUUCCCCGUUCGUGUACAUGGCGCUGCUGGGGGUGGUGGAGAUCCCGGCGUACUCGCUGACUGCGCCCAUCACCAAACACCUCGGACGCCGGGUCGUCAUCGGCGUCUGCCUCAUCCUCAGCGGCAGCUUCCUCUUCCUUCUCUAUAUCUUGCAGUUAACCAUCGUCAUGAGUGAGUGGGUCGACCUGGCACUGGUCCUCGUGAGUUACCUGCUGGUCUGUACCUCAUACCAGGUGAACUAUAUAUUCGUGCCGGAGCUGCUGCCCACCACCCUCCGGCCGUGGGGGUCCGCCCUCUGCAUCAUUGCCGCCAACCUCGGCUACUGCGUCCCGCCCUUCUUCACCGAGUACCUGGCCGUGGACCAUCCCUGGUUGCCCGUGGUGGUGUUUGGCUUGUGUGGCGUCCUGGCCGGGAGUCUCGUAGUCUUCCUGCCGGAGACCAACGGCCGGCCGCUCCUGGAGACCGUGGCAGACUUACAGGAACGUCUGUCAACCAAGACGCCAAAAACCUCGCCCAAAUAAUCGAAUAGUAAACCAGUCUGUGCCAAGACCCCCGGGAUAUAUUUGGAGAUCGUAUUCUCAGUUUACAAUUUAACAUUUUGCCCCGAGGGGCGAGUUUAUUGGGCAGCGCCACUCAUCCUGUGGGUGGACAUAUCGCCAUAGCAGCAUGUACAACUCUCCCCAAUAGGAAGAAACCCCGCUGGGUUGUUCAUCCUGUCACUCGUACCCAGACACAGCUGGGACUUGCUUAACUGUCUUAAGUGAACAUCUCCUCAAACAAGAAGAUUUGCUGCUCAGCAACCGCUGCUCAGCUGUCGUUUCCAUUCCGAAUCGCCAUGGAUAUUUGUAUCCAAGACAGAUUCUCGCUAUUACUGAGUGUCUCCCACGGCCACCUCCUCUUCGUCCAUUAUGAUUAGGGUUGCCAGCUGCAACCAUGUU